UCAGAUCUUUGCCGUAAGUCCCUUUAAAAAAAUUUGGGAAUAUAGUACAGAGUCAGUGGAUAAACGUCCACUGGUAAAUGGAUGGUAAAUGACCACAUGGAGACAAUGGACCAGCCAUGACAGAUUCUCAUUAGCAGCAGAGAGAUCUGAUGAAGUCUAUGGAGGUUACAGGUCUGAAGCCGUUCUGUUCCUAAACAAUCAUAUCUGUUGUCAUGGAGACAGAAGAACUGGAAGAGGUGGAAAGGCAUUGCAGAAAAGCAACCAGUGGUGUCAAGAAGGGCAGUUCUCAGCAGACAGCCUCACAGCUGGGUGUGAAUUCUGAGGAUGAGAAGGCAGAGGGUGCUGAUCAUGUGACCCAGGACAGUGAGUCACAGACUCACUACAUUGCCAUUCAAAGAAAUUCCAAGUAUUAUCAGUCCAUGAGGCUACGGAGCAGGCAGAAAGAGAGGAAUAACAGAGAGGGGAUGAAUGCUAGGCAUGCUGUAGCUUCACUCAAAAAUCGAGACAGCAGAAGCAAACCUCUGAAUGUGAAUGUAUUAUCUCGCAAGGGACCCCCAGUAUCAGUAAAAUCUGAAGAACAAUGGAUACAAAGGCUGCUGCCUUCCUACCCCCGUUGCCGUGGCAACCGCCCGGCCUCCCCCAGCCCCGCUCCGCCUGCGGAGUCGCUCGGCAGCCGCCGCUCGGAGCCGGACUCGCCGCCGCUGUCACAGCCUCACAUGGAGCUGCUGGCUGCGGCGCUCAGCGCCGCCUGCGCCCUGGACCGCGACGGCUCGGCGGAGAGCGCGGCCGGAGCCCGCCCGGCCGGCAGAGAAUCCCCUUCCACGGCUGGACCAGUGCUUAUCCCUGAUGAGAGCCCCGUGCUCCCAGAGUGCCCAGCUGCUCUCCCUGAAACUCUGCAAAUGAUUCACCCUAUGACAACUGACUCCUGGAAAACGCUCAUUGAACAAAUAGGGCUCUUGUAUCAGGAAUAUCGAGAUAAAUCUACACUUCGGGAGAUUGAAACCAGACGACUGCAAGAUGCACAGACAGACCCCGAGGAGUGCUCAGCCAGUGAGGAGACGCCAUUAGAGGCAGAACCCACAAAUACUGCAGAAAGCAGGACUCCUCCCCAAAUCAGCUUGCUCAGGAACUCCACCUCCAGGUUUAACUUGUGGCAGGAUCUUCCAGAGAUCAGGAGCAGCGGUGUCCUGAAUAUCCUUCAGCCAGAUGAGAUCAAACUGCAGGAGGCCAUGUUUGAACUGGUCACUUCUGAAGCCUCAUACUACAAGAGUCUGAAUCUGCUGGUGUCUCACUUCAUGGAGAAUGAACGUCUGAAAAAGAUCUUACAUCCAUCCGAGGCUCACAUCCUCUUCUCCAACGUCCUGGAUGUCAUGGCUGUCAGUGAACGUUUCCUCUUGGACCUUGAGCAACGGGUGGAGGAAAACAUUGUGAUAUCAGAUGUGUGCGACAUUGUCUACCAGCACACAGUUAAUCACUUCUCGGUAUACGUAACCUACGUCUCCAACCAGACCUACCAGGAGAGAGCUUACAAGCAACUUCUCCAAGACAAGACAGCUUUCCGGGAGGUGAUAUCACAGUUGGAGAUGGAUCCCAAGUGCAAAGGCCUGCCCUUCUCAUCCUUUUUGAUUUUGCCAUUUCAGAGGAUCACUCGCCUCAAGCUACUGGUGCAGAAUAUUCUUAAAAAAGUGGAAGAGAAAUCCGAGAAGGAAACCACUGCCCUUGAAGCACACAAAGAGCUGGAAACAGUGGUGAAGGCAUGUAAUGAAGGUGUCCGGAAAAUGAGCCGAACAGAGCAGAUGAUUAGCAUCCAGAAGAAAUUAGAGUUUAAGAUCAAGUCUGUGCCCAUCAUCUCUCACUCCCGUUGGCUGUUAAAGCAAGGGGAACUGCAGCAAAUGAAUGGCCCAAAGACAUCACGCACGCUCCGCACCAAGAAACUCUUUAGAGAAAUCUACUUGUUUCUUUUCAAUGACCUGCUGGUACUCUGCAGGCAGAUUCCUGGCGACAAGUACCAGGUGUUUGACUCAGCGCCGCGAGGGCUUCUCCGGGUAGAGGAAUUAGAAGAUCAGGGACAGAGUUUGGCCAAUGUCUUCAUCCUGAGGCUUCUGGAGAACACGGAUGAUCGGGAGGUCAGCUACAUGCUCAAGGCAUCAUCCCAAAGUGAGAUGAAGCGCUGGAUGAUCUCGCUGGCCCCAAAUCGGAGAACCAAGUUUGUUUCAUUCACAUCCAGGCUCCUGGACUGCCCCCAGGUUCAGUGUGUCCAUCCAUACGUGGCUCAGCAACCAGACGAGCUGUCCCUGGAUCUGGCAGAUGUUCUUAACAUCCUGGACAAGACAGAUGACGGUUGGAUUUUUGGGGAGCGUCUUCAUGACCAGGAAAGGGGCUGGUUCCCUACCUCUAUGGGGGAGGAGAUUCUGAACCCCAAGAUCCGAUCACAGAACCUAAAAGAGUGUUUCCGGGUCCACAAGUCAGAUGACAGUCAGCGGAGGAAGCUGGGCAGCAGGAAUCGUCAAUGACCCCUGGUCUCCCCAAGCCCUGGAGCACAAAGAAUACCUAAUGGCUUAUGGAGGGCAGAUGCUGCAGGCUGAGAGAAUGAGGUGGUGGUGCAGGUACUAUGUGCCAGGGCACAGGGCCUGGUCUUAACGUGCUGCUUACAUCCACACCUACAAAAAAAGACUUUUCUCGAUUUACUAAGUUCUUCCCUCCACAUUUUGUAUUCCUCUGGAGACUAACCCACGGAAGAGGAGAGGCCACUUGUCUAAAGCUCAAGGAACUAUUCAGUGUAACGGAUUGCCAGUGUUUGGGGUUGGCAGCACAAGUGCUCCCCUGUGCACCGAGGAGCUGCUGGACAAGACCGCACCAGAGCCACCAAGGAGGUUCACCACAGCUGUAACAUACCAGCUGGUCAUAUAUAUAAGGGUUGCUUCAGUUGCUUUUCUAGUAUAAAUGGAUAGAAUCAACUGGGCUGGGGAACAGUUCUACCUUACGUACCAUAGAAAACGGUCUCCUAGUUACCCCCCUUGCUGAGAGAUUCCAUUGUAGGAAUGGGUUUGUGCCACCCCCACAAUAUAGUUCUGUGCACACACACUACAGCUGAAGCCAUUUAUCUCUUCCAGGAGGCAUGUGGCAAUUAACAUAAUGGCAGUAGGGGCUUUUUGUGGAGCACAUGGUGCUUUUCUGGGUCAGAGCACUUAGCAAAACCUCUAAGCUUGGCAGCACCCCUGUGAGUUAGGUUACUUUAUGUCCCCAUUUUAUAGAUGGGGAAAUUGAGGCAGAGAAGUUGUCUCACCUGAAAUCACAAAGGGAAACAGGGCCAGAGCUGGGACUAGAAUUCAGGACUUCUGAUGCCUGAUUCCCAGUCCUGUUGUUCAGCUAUUGAGCCCACUCCUCUCCCCAUACUGGUCUUUGAACCCAGUUCUAGGCAAAUGCACUACCACACCCUGCCUUUCAGCAGCCCUAACUCUUUACUCACUAUAGUCCUGCACUUAACCCAGUGUCUAGGGCUCAUCCCCCAGGGGGUACUAAAUGCAAGGUUCUCUGUGCACAGAACAGCAGCAGAGGGUGCCAUCCACCUGCUGCCACAAACAGGCUCUGAGAGGAACACAUGAUGGCCUUCACCCUAACUGCACUAAGAGAUGAAAGCACAGGCAAGACUGUAGCAUCCCCGGGACAUGGAUGUUGCUUUGCCAGAGUGCACUGCCCCCAUUCAGAUAGGGUAAAAGGAACUAUGGGGCUGCUAAGUUUGCACAUCAGCUGCCAUUACACAAGGAUGAUAUUCUAGCAGAGCCAGAGGCUUCAAAUGUAGGCCAUGGCCCAGCAUGUUUGUAAAUCUGCAGGACUUUACUCAAUCCAGUGUCAGGUCCUAUUUGGAAUGUAAUGUAAACUGACCAUUUCCACAAGUCUCUACCACAUUCCCAGACAGCUCUGUGGGCUGUGGAAUGUGUUUCCAAAGGGAGGGGCUGCACUCAGACACCCAGCUCAUGCAAGGGCAGCCCAGCAGCAGUAGUUGGCCCAUCCCUAACAAGGAGAACUCAAGCAAAAUAGCUGGAGUUGGCCAGGAAGGUAGGGGACAUUGUAUUAAAAGUAUGUGAGGGCCUGCACGUCCUCUGUAUACCCAGCUAACCAGCUGUGUGCAUGAACUGUGUGUACAGUAUUGAUGCCUCCGUCUAUAUAGGAAAGUCCUCAGUAGCCAGAAGGACAAGGGAAUCAUUUCCUUAUAUGAUGCAAUUCAACAUUGCAUGAAACACAGGGCAAGGGAUCAAGAGCUUCAGCAGGGAACUGAGAACAGACAGUGGUUGGAAACUGACCAUGAAUAAGCAUCCUAACAACAACUGGCUAUUUGGCCUGCUCUGCUCUUAGCAGUUCCAGAGCAGCCCCUUCUCUGAGUGGCCCUUUGUUAGCUACAACAAGGGCAACUGACCCAGAGCAUUUAUUUGCAUGAACAUAAAAUCAGGGAAUUUAAGUUAUUCAGCAUCUUUCUGUGAUGCAGUAAAGCAGAGUCUUCCAGGCAUUUCUUGACACUCAGUGCUGCUUCUGAUCUCUGCGCCUUCCCCUGCCAGCCUUGCUUAACACCCCACUCAGAGUGGGCAGUAUCAUGUCAGUGUGGUUGUGGUAAAAAAGAUGAGUGUAAAGCCAGCACCUUUUUAUUCAGCUAAGAGAUGAGUCACCACCAUGUGCUUUGGACGCUGUCUACAUUAGGAAUAUUUGCAGUGGUGUCACACAACAAUUGAUGCAGUCUUGAGGCAUAAACCUCACUGCUGCAUGCCUGGAUCAGAAGCUCAUGCCAGUGUGACUACAUCAAGGUAUUUUAGUGUAACUGUCUCUGCUGUAGACAGGCUCUUCCUACAAUGCAGUCAUUAGUAUUGCAGUGCUAACACAGCGAUGGGAGAGUGAGUGGGAUUCAGUUGUGGCUUGCAUAUGAACAGAAUUGUUACGGUUCAAGUGCAUGCAAAUCUUAAUGCUGUAUUCAACUCCUAGAUAUGGCAGUGAGGAGCACAUCAGAAACUGCUAACAAAUUCAGUUCCUGCUCUCUUACACCUGAGCACAUUUAGAAUGACUUAAGUUAGACAAGUGCCUAUGGGUACGUCUACACAGCAAUUCAACACCUGUGGCUGGCCUAAGUCAGCUGACUCAGGCUUGGGCUGCGGGGCUGUAAUAUUGCUGUGUACAUGUUUCGGCUCUGGCUGGAGCCUGGAUUCUAGGACCCCUCGAGGUGGGAUGGUCCCAAAACCCAGACGCCAGCCCAAGCCCAAUUGUCUACACAGCAAUUUUUAGCCCUGCAGCUCAAGCCAGCUGAUCUGGGCCAGCCAUGGGUAUGCCACAGGUCUUGUGUUCCCGUGUAUUCCAAUGAGGGCAAAGCUGACCUCUCAGGAUGGUGAGCCAGAAGGGCCUCAGCUUGCCUGACAGAUUCCAGCUUGGGUGUGUGGGGCUGGCAGUUAGAAAAACUAUUGCCAUUUGACUUGUAAAUUGAGCAUAUUUUAUCCAGAGAUGCUAUAAAUACAAAGACCACAAAUAAAUUGUACAGUCACUUUUCUAAGUACAACCAGACUUUAAGCUCAGGGUCCAAGACUCAUAGCAGCAGCUGUUUACAGGUUAUUAGUUUAAAGCCAAAACAUGGAAGCUCUAGCUAUGAAAGUAUUUAAGACAAAUAGAUACAAGCAUAUUACAGAUCAUUCAGCCUUGCCCAAAUUGUCAUGAACAUUUCCUAACCCUGGCACUUGCCUGGGACAAAAAAUUAUUUUUACAAUGAAAAAGAAGAUACUGUAGUCACCACCUAGGCUAGGGGCAAUGAAUUUUACCUGGCUGAGAUCAUUCAAUGGCCAACUUCGGAGGAGUGGGGUUUCCAGUCUUUCACUGGCCUUUGCCCUCUAGCUCAGAACCCUUGGACUUACGCCAACACCUAAGUAACUUUGUAGUGGUUUUGGGGCCUCCUAACUGUCACACAUGGUACAUUAUAUUCAGCCACUGAAUCGGGUUUGUUCUAUGUACACUUUUAACCUCCUCCAUUCCAGACACACAGUCCAAUAUGUGUCAGUUUCAGGUGGUCUAAUGCUGUCGAUGGGCUCAGUCUGUGAAAUAAGAGCGCAGGUUUGAGAUCCCAGGUCAUUAUCAGGCUGCCUGAGUGAACUGAAAAGAGCUCUUGUUGUUGUUGUUUUUCUUGUGGUGAAAAUACAGCUGACUGCGCCAGCAACUUCCAAA